ACCAUACCAAGAGUAGUAUCGCAAUGAGGGUCAUCGCCAUGACUGUCAUCACCAUGAGCAUGCUAUGCUCAUCCCUAGCCAUCUUCAUGACCGCCACGAUGGCCGCUAGAGACGAGGCCGCGCUGCUUGCUUUUAAGGCGCAGAUCAGCCAUGGUGGCUCGCUGGGCUCCUGGAACAGCAGCGCUGGCUUCUGCAGCUGGAAAGGCGUAUUGUGCAGCCACCGAAGGCCUGGGCGGGCGGUGGCGCUGAGAUUGAAUGACAUUGGGCUCGUCGGACCACUCUCGCCGGCCAUCGGGAACCUGACAUUCCUGCGGGUGCUCGACCUGGGCUUCAACUCGCUCCACGGGAAGAUUCCGACAAGCCUCGGCAACCUCCGCCGCCUGCAGACGCUCUACUUGGACAACAACGCAUUCUCCGGUAUGAUCCCUGUGAACCUGAGCUCCUGCACUAGCAUGACCGAAAUGGUACUGGACAACAACAAGCUUGCCGGAUGCAUACCAGUUGAGCUAGGCGAGAAGCUCACGUCCUUGGAAGGAAUCACGCUGAGACACAACAACUUGACAGGGCCCAUCCCGGCGUCACUGGCCAAUCUGUCCAAUCUACAUAACCUCUCUUUCAGCAAUAACCAGCUCACUGGCUCAAUCCCACCAGGGCUCGGCAGCAUCCGAAGCAUGCGGCGAUUCGGUCUCUUCGGAAACAACCUCUUUGGUAUGCUUCCACCUUCUCUCUACAACUGGUCGUCAAUUGAAGUAGUUGAUGUAGGGGAAAAUAUAUUGCAUGGAAGCAUUCUGGAUGACAUCGGAAGCAAGUUCCCCAAGUUGAAACAGCUUGGCUUGGAUGGUAAUCACUUCACAGGAACCAUCCCUUCCUCAAUAUCCAACAUAUCUUCCCUUGUAUCACUUCGCCUCAGCGCGAAUAGAUUUAGCGGGUAUGUGCCGCCUACAUUGGGGAAGCAUGGAUCUCUCCAAGACCUGAACUUGUAUGACAAUAAGUUCGAAGCGAACGACAAUAGAGGGUGGGAAUUCAUCACAUCUUUGGCAAACUGCAGCCGACUGUGGCUACUGGAACUCAGCGCCAAUUCUUUUGGAGGACAACUACCUGGUUCAGUUGUGAAUCUCUCAACGACUGUCCAGCGGUUGUAUUUAGAGGAUAUUAGGGUCUCUGGCAGUAUCCCAGCAUAUAUCGGCAAUUUGGUUGGUCUGGAAUUGCUUCUCAUAGCAAAUACUUACAUAUCUGGGGAGAUACCAAAGAGUAUUGGUAAGCUAGGGAACUUGAUCGAUCUAGGAUUGUACAAUAAUAGUUUGUCUGGCCUCAUACCGUCGUCGGUAGGAAAUCUAAGCCAGUUGAAUAGGCUCUAUGCAUUCCGUUGCAACUUGGAGGGACCAAUUCCGGCAAGCCUGGGGGUGCUGAAAAACCUCUUUGCACUUGAUUUGUCAAUGAAUUACCAUCUUAAUGGUACAAUACCGAAAGAGAUUUUCAAAUUACCCGGCCUGUCUUUUAAUUUGGACUUGUCAUACAAUUCCCUUUCCGGGCCAAUUCCUAAUGAAGUUGGUAGUUUGGGAAAUCUUAACCAGUUGUCUCUGUCAGAAAACCAGUUGUCUGGGAAGAUACCCGGAAGUAUUCAGAACUGCAUAAUGUUGGAAUAUUUAUUCUUAGGGAACAAUUUGUUUGAGGGGAGCAUCCCUCGAUCACUGACAAAUAUAAAGGGGCUCCGUAUACUGAACCUGACGAUGAAUAACUUCUCUGGUAAUAUUCCUGAGGACCUUGGCAAUAUUGGAAACUUGCAGGAACUUUACAUUGCACACAACAACUUGUCAGGUUCAAUCCCAAUACUUCUGCAGAAUUUGACAUCAUUAUCCAAAUUGGAUAUAUCCUUCAAUAAUUUGCAAGGUGAAGUGCCAAACGAAGGUGUUUUCAGAAACAUCACUUACUUAGAGGUUGCUGGCAACAUCAAUUUGUGUGGUGGUACACCUCAACUUCAUUUGGCUCCAUGCCCCAUAUGCCCCUCAAGCAAGAACAGAAAAAAGAUGUCAAAGUCUCUUGUAAUUUCUCUAGCGGCAGCUGGAGCAAUCUUGUUCUCACUUUCCGUUCUUGUUCUUGUUUGGAUACUUUGUAAGAAGCUCAAAUCAAGACGGAAGGCAGCAGAAAAAGAUUCAAUUGUUGAUGACCAUUACAGAAGAAUCCCGUAUCAUGCAUUACUGAGAGGAACUAACGAAUUUUCAGAAGCCAACUUGCUUGGGAGAGGAAGUUAUGGUGCAGUUUAUAAGUGUGUUUUGGACAAUGAAGAAGGAGCAUUGGCUGUCAAGGUGUUUAACCUUGGUCAAUCAAGUUAUUCGAAGAGUUUUGAGGCUGAAUGUGAGGCUAUGAGAAGGAUACGACACCGUAGUCUCAUUAAGAUCAUUACUUCUUGUUCGAGCAUCAACCACCAAGGUCAAGAAUUCAAGGCGUUGGUCUUUGAGUUCAUGCCCAAUGGUAACUUGGAUGGUUGGCUUCAUCCAAAAUCAGAAGAGCCCACUAUAGACAACACGCUCAGCCUUGCCCAGCGGCUUGAUAUUGCUGUCGAUAUUGUGGAUGCAGUAGAAUAUCUGCACAACUACUGUCAGCCAUUGGUAAUCCACUGUGAUCUUAAGCCAAGCAACAUUCUUCUUGCUGAAGACCUGAGCGCCCGAGUUGGGGACUUUGGCAUAUCAAGGAUCCUUCAAGAAAAUACAAGCACGGGGAUGCAGACUUCAUAUGGCUCAACAGGACUUAGAGGUUCCAUAGGCUAUGUUGCUCCAGAGUAUGGAGAAGGCUGUGCUGCCUCAACCGCUGGUGAUAUUUAUAGUCUUGGCAUAUUGCUGCUUGAGAUGUUUACGGGGAGAAGCCCAACAGAAGACACGUUCGGAGAUUCAUUGGGUCUGCAUAAAUUUGUCGAGGAUGCUCUUCCAGAUAGAACCUUGGAGAUAGCUGACCCGACAAUGUGGUUGCACAGCGGAGAACACAAUAACACUACAAGUAUUAGAAUUCAGGAGUUAUUGGUUUCAGUCUUGAGCCUUGGCAUAUCCUGCUCAAAGCUACAUCCUGGUGACCGAGCACUGACAAGUGAUGCAACAACGGAGAUGCACGCAAUCAGAGAUGCAUACCUCAAGUUCAUAGGGGAGCAUGGAGCAGAACGAGAAGCCUCGACUCAAGAAAUUCAGAGCAGCAUUGCAUAAACAAGCUGGCACAAGACAUUAGACAUGAUCCUGCAUACUACAAAAAUUAUGUGUCAUUUCAGUUAGUAAUUGUUCUCAGAGCUAUGUAUGUUGCUUUACAACUGUAUCAAAUAAAUACAAAACCAUGGUGUUGUGCAAUCAUAGCAGAACAGCAGGUUGUAGGUAGAUUUAUAAAUGAAGCAGUGUAAUUGUUUGCUCAUUAUCAAAACUGUACACAUGGAGGCAACAUUAUUACUUCAUGCUUCAGUAGAGCUGAAGUUGCAGAGAGUUUCA